AUGGCAACGGUGCAGGAGCUGGGCCUGAAAUGCCUGCGCUUCAACCCUGACGCCACCAUCUGGACGGCCAAACAGCAGGUGCUCUGCGCCCUGAGCGAGAGCCUGCAGGACGUGCUCAACUACGGCCUCUUCCAGCCCGCCACCUCGGGCCGCGACGCCAACUUCCUGGAGGAGGAGCGGCUGCUGCGGGAGUACCCCCAGUCCUUCGAGAAGGGGGUGCCCUACCUGGAGUUCCGGUACAAGACCCGCGUUUACAAACAGACCAACCUGGACGAGAAGCAGCUGGCCAAGCUGCACACAAAGACCGGACUGAAGAAGUUUCUGGAAUACGUGCAGCUCGGAACGUCUGACAAGGUGGCGCGGCUGCUGGACAAGGGGCUGGACCCCAAUUACCACGACUCGGAUUCAGGAGAGACCCCGCUGACGCUGGCUGCCCAGACGGAAGGCUCCGUAGACGUGAUUCGAACCCUGUGCCUGGGCGGGGCCCACAUCGACUUCCGAGCCCGGGAUGGCAUGACAGCCCUGCACAAGGCCGCGUGUGCCCGGCACUGCCUGGCUCUCACGGCCCUCCUGGAUCUCGGGGGCUCCCCCAACUACAAGGACCGCCGGGGGCUGACCCCUCUGUUCCACACGGCGAUGGUGGGGGGCGACCCCCGCUGUUGCGAGCUGCUGCUGUACAACCGGGCCCAGCUGGGUGUGGCUGAUGAGAACGGCUGGCAGGAGAUCCCCCAGGCCUGCCAGCGGGGUCACUCUCAGCACCUGGAGCACCUGCUCUUCUAUGGCGCUGAGCCCGGAGCCCAGAACGCCUCGGGGAACACAGCGCUGCACAUCUGCGCCCUCUACAACAAGGAGACCUGUGCUAGGAUCCUCCUCUAUCGCGGGGCCAGCAAGGACGUGAAGAAUAACAACGGACAGACCGCCUUCCAGGUGGCAGUGAUUGCCGGGAAUUUUGAACUGGGGGAGCUGAUUCGAAACCAUCGAGAGCAGGACGUGGUCUUGGUGUAUCUGGACGAGGACGCUCUAACCAGACGAGCUCCGGGCCAGGGCCUGGGGCUGCUCCCCGUCCUGGGGGCGGGAACCCUGGGAAGGUUGCGCAUCGUUGCGCUGGGGCAGGGACUCCAUGGACACGAAGAAACGUUUCCAUUUCCUGCUCCCCGCCCAGUGCUCAGCAUCGGGGAAGGAGGCUUCUGGGAAGGCCAGGUCAAAGGUCGCGUCGGCUGGUUCCCCUCCGACUGCCUGGAAGAGGUGGCCAACCGCUCCCAGGAGGGAAAGCAAGAGAGCCGCAGUGACAAAGCCAAGAGGCUGUUCCGGCAUUAUACCGUGGGCUCCUACGACAGCUUUGAUGCCCCCAGACUGUAUUGGGGUGCUCGGUAUGUCGCCUGUGGCGGGGGGCUGCGUGCCCCCUCCCGGGGCCUCUCUCACCGCGGGGUCCCUGCCCUGGAAGUGGGCUCGCACUCCUCCCUCACCUCCUGGGCGCGCUUGGGGGGGGUGUCUGUGCCACAGGUGAAUGGGCAGAAUGUGGUGAAGGUGGGCCACCGCCAGGUGGUGAACAUGAUCCGCCAGGGGGGCAACACGCUGAUGGUGAAGGUGGUGAUGGUCACCCGGCACCCGGACAUGGACGAGGCCGUCCACAAGAAAGCACCCCAGCAGGCUAAGCGGCUCCCGCCCCCAGCCAUCUCCCUGCGUUCCAAGUCCAUGACCUCAGAGCUGGAGGAGAUGGGUGAGCCUGCGGGGCUGCCAGGCCCCAGCGUGAGGGCGAGGGCAGAGGGGGCGGGCGUCCUCGAGUCUGUUAACAAACUGGACGAAAUUCUGGCGGCAGCUCAGCAGACCAUCAGUGCAAGCGAGAGCCCGGGGCCCGGGGGCCUGGCCUCCCUGGGCAAACACCGGCCCAAGGGCUUCUUUGCCACCGAGUCGAGCUUCGAUCCCCACCACCGCUCGCAGCCGAGCUAUGAACGGCCUUCCUACCUGCCUCCAGGACCUGGGCUUAUGCUCCGGCAGAAAUCUAUUGGGGCCGCCGAAGACGACCGGCCUUACCUAGCGCCCCCGAGCAUGAAGUUCAGCCGCAGCCUGUUCGUGCCUGGUUGGGCCCGGGGAGGCAGCGGGAGCGACAGCCACCACGGGGGAGCCAGCUACGUCCCCGAGAGGACCUCGUCCCUGCAGCGGCAGAGCCCGGGGAUGUCCGGGGGCCUCGGGGGAGCCUUGUCCGGGGCCUCCCGCUCCCUCUCACCGACCCGCCUGCUUUCGCUGCCCCCGGACAAGCCUUUCGGGGCCAAGCCUCUGGGGUUCUGGACCAAGUUCGACGUGGCUGAUUGGCUGGAGUGGCUGGGCUUGGCCGAGCACCGAGCCCGCUUCCUGGACCACGAGAUCGAUGGCUCGCACCUGCCCGCCCUGACCAAGGAGGACUACGUGGACCUGGGCGUGACCCGGGUGGGCCACCGCAUGAACAUCGACCGGGCUCUCAAAUUUUUCCUGGAGAGGUGAUGGCUGGCUUGGACGGACCAGCCCGUCCACAGAACCCUGGAGCUCGCCGGCCUCUGGACCUCUGACCCUUGACCCUUAUUCUCUCCCUGGGCCGGGGACCAUGCUACACCUGUGCCCUGCUGUCAUCUCCGGAGGCUGGAGGUCACCGGCGUGGCCCGAUUCCAGCCAGACAUUUGCACCUCACAGGAGGGGGCAGCUAAUGGAGAUUGUGUGUGCAGCUGGGAGCCGAGGGGGUGGGCGCGGGAGAAAUCAGGGGGGAUGGAGGAGGAGGAGGGAAGGGUCGAUUCUGGGGAGGGGGGACUGACAGAGCCAUAGAGGGCCAGCCCCGAGCCUGACUGGGUGCGGGGGGUCGUUCCCCAGGCCGCAGGGGAAGGGGGUGCCCUCAGAUUCCACCACCUGCCACCCCUCUAACAACCCUUUCCCCCCCUUCUCCAGGCCCCUCCGUUCUCCCCGCCUCCCCUCUCCCUAGCACACACACAGCGGCCCCCCCCAGCCUCUUGCACGCUCCUUUGCACGCCUGCUUGCCUCUCCCCCCUCCCCGGGCUACAAUUUUGCACAAAGUUGCCCCCUCGCUGUCCUGC